CGCUGGAGGUGGCCAGGCCCGAGAAAUUCCUUCCAUAUCCCCGCCGGCUGCGGGGAACGAGUUCCAGGAGCUCCGGAGCUCGGCUGCCAGGAGGUCGGGGCGGGAGGGCCCGGAAUUGCCCUGCGCAGCCCCUGAGUGUGUCUGAGCCUGGAAAUCGAGCCCAGAGAGGGUCUUAUGGGGUCAGGAGCGGGGCUAGGGUUGGGACUCAGGAGCCACAUCUACCAUGACAGCGUAUUUUUCUGCCGCAGCACCCUCUUUCCCAACAGCGACCUCAUACUUGGGGAGAGCGGCAUCUCCUCGGGGGGUGUUGAGGGGAGAGCUCCGUUCCUUGACUUCAACAGAUUCUCCUUUUAUGCGCCCAUUUUUGAUAAGUGGACUGGUGGACACAGAAAUGCUGCAGAGGUGGCAUGUCUUGUUGACAGUGAAGUGCUGGUCUGCGUUUUGGGGCUAGUAUUAUGGGCCUGUCGGGAAAAUGAAGAAUGGGCAGGGGCAGGUAGAUUCACAACUGUUAUACUUAAAAGGUGCUGAUGGUUUGGGGGACAGAUAUCACCCUGGAGAGGGGCUCAAGUGGUGGCCACAAAGCAUGGUCCCAGACACAUUCCAAGGGAACACUUAGAUCAGUCACUGGGAUGAAGACUUAAAGGGGAAGCCAGUUGACUUUUUGUUCUGACCCAGAGCUGGGAGGAAUGACAAGUGUACCAAAAAACCAAACCCAUUGCCAUUGACUCGAUUCCAACUCAUAGUGACUCUAUAGGUUAGAAUCGAACUGUCCCAUAGGGUUUCCAAGGCUGAAAUCUUUAAAGAAGCAGACUGCCACAUUUUUCUCCCGCAGAACAGCUGGUGACCUUUUGAUUAGCAGCCCAACACUUAACCGCUGCACCACCCAUAAAAUGAAGAUUUCAAAUGUGGGCUAUAGGGCAGAAGGAUGGGCCAAAACUGACAAGAUGAAUGUGACUAAUGGCCUCCACCAUGGACAGAGGCCAGCCCCUGCCCCUCCCUGGUGACCAGUUCCCUGUGCCAGGCCUGAAGCUGGAAGGGAUGGUUUGAGGAUUGGCCAAAGCCUGUCAUCCACCCAGAGUGGACUCCCUGAAGCUGCCAAGAAGAGCCCCCAACCAACACUGGGACUCUCCCUUCGUGUGGUUGUCCAGGAUCUCUGGGAGUCAGAGCAGACUGAAGAGGAAGCUGAGAUGCCCUGUAUCCAAGCCCAGUAUGGGACAACAGCACCGAGCGCAGGAGCCCAUGACCACCUGGCAAGCGACCCCCUGACCCCUGAGCUCAGCAAGUCCACCAUGGACCUGGCCAGCCCUGAGGCGGCCCCCGCUGCCCCCACUGCCCUGCCCAGCUUCAGCACCUUCAUGGACGGCUACACAGGAGAGUUCGACACCUUCCUCUACCAGCUGCCAGGAACAGUGCAGCCGUGCUCCUCCGCCUCCUCCUCAGCCUCCUCCACGUCCUCUUCCUCAGCCACUUCCCCCGCCUCUACUGCCUUCAAGUUUGAGGACUUCCAGGUGUAUGGCUGCUACCCAGGCACCCUGAGCGGCCCACUAGAUGAGACCCUGUCCUCCAGCGGCUCUGACUAUUACGGCAGCCCCUGCUCAGUCCCAUCACCAUCCACGCCCAGCUUCCAGCCACCCCAGCUCUCUCCUUGGGAUGGCUCAUUUGGUCACUUCUCAACCAGCCAGACUUACGAAGGCCUGCGGGCAUGGACAGAGCAGCUGCCCAAGGCCUCUGGGCCCCCUCAGCCCCCAGCCUUCUUCUCCUUCAGCACCCACACUGGCCCCAGCCCCAGCCUUGCCCAAAGCCCCCUGAAGCUCUUCCCCUCACAGGCCACCCACCAGCUGAGGGAGGGUGAGAGCUAUUCCAUGCCAGCAGCUUUCCCAGGCUUGGCACCCACCUCCCCACACCUUGAUGGCUCGGGAAUACUGGAUGUGCCUGUAACUUCGGCCAAGGCCCGGAGUGGGGCUCCCAGUGGAAGCGAGGGCCGCUGUGCCGUGUGUGGGGACAACGCUUCAUGUCAGCAUUACGGCGUCCGCACCUGUGAGGGCUGCAAGGGCUUCUUCAAGCGCACAGUACAGAAAAACGCCAAGUACAUCUGCCUGGCCAACAAGGACUGCCCUGUGGACAAGAGGCGGCGAAACCGCUGCCAGUUCUGCCGCUUCCAGAAGUGCCUGGCUGUGGGCAUGGUGAAGGAAGUUGUCCGGACAGACAGUCUGAAGGGACGGCGGGGCCGGCUCCCCUCAAAACCCAAGCAGCCCCCAGAUGCCUCCCCUGCCAACCUCCUCACUUCCCUGGUCCGGGCACACCUGGACUCGGGGCCCAGCACUACCAAACUAGACUACUCCAAGUUCCAGGAGCUGAUGCUGCCCCGCUUUGGGAAGGAAGAUGCCGGGGAUGUGCAGCAGUUCUACGACCUGCUCUCGGGUUCCCUGGAGGUUAUCCGCAAGUGGGCCGAGAAGAUCCCCGGCUUUACUGAGCUGUCACCAGGCGACCAGGACCUGCUGCUGGAGUCGGCCUUUCUGGAGCUCUUCAUCCUCCGCCUGGCCUACCGGUCCAAGCCUGCCGAGGGGAAGCUCAUCUUCUGCUCAGGCCUGGUGCUGCAUCGGCUGCAGUGUGCCCGCGGUUUCGGCGACUGGAUUGACAGCAUCCUGGCCUUCUCACGGUCCCUGCACAGCUUGGUUGUCGACGUCCCUGCCUUUGCCUGCCUGUCUGCUCUUGUCCUUAUCACCGACCGGCACGGGCUGCAGGAGCCGCGGCGGGUGGAGGAACUGCAGAACCGCAUCGCCAGCUGCCUGAAGGAACAUGUCUCAGCUGUGGCGGGUGAGCCCCAGCCGGCCAGCUGCCUGUCCCGCCUGCUGGGCAAGCUACCUGAGCUGCGAACCCUGUGCACCCAGGGCCUGCAGCGCAUCUUCUACCUCAAGCUGGAGGACUUGGUGCCCCCUCCGCCCAUCGUUGACAAGAUCUUUAUGGACACGCUGCCCUUCUGACUCUAGCCUGGGAACACGUGUGCACAUGCGUGUGUGCGCUCGUACACCACCCCACGUGCCUUUAGCCCAUGGCCCACGAACCCCAGAGCGCCGCCCUCCCCACUGGGGAGCUGCAGACUGACUGACUUCCUGUCUUGCUCUAGGAGGUCGGCGGGGAGCUCAAGCCCUGGGGGUCGGGGUUGCAUUCAUGGGAGUGACCCCCACUAUUUUUCUUACCCCCGGCCCACCCCUGGCCUUUAUGUUUUUGUAAGAUAAACCAUUUUUAACACACACCACCAUGCUGUAAAUAAGCCAAAUGCUGCUGUAAAUACAGGAAGGAAGAGGUUGAGGUGGGAGCGGGGUUGCGAAGAAGGGAUGGGGCCUCCCACCAGUCUGGGCCAGUCUUUUCCAGUAUCCUUCUACUUGCUCUCUCUUCCCACCCACCCUCCACAUGUACAUAAAAACUGUUACUCUUGGAGGAAGACAAAUGACAGAUUCUGACAUUUAUAUUUGUGUAUUUUUCUGGAUUUAUAGUAUGUGACUUUUCUGAUUAAUAUAUUUAAUAUAUUGAAUAAAAAAUAGACAUGUAGCUGAAA